AUGACUUUGAUGGAAUUUUUUGGGUGCUCUUUCAUAGCCUGUCCUCCACUUGCAUUGUUUCUCUUCACAAUUUGUCGUGAUUCAUUACGCAUUAUUGUGCUUAUAGCUAGUGGGUUUUUCUGGCUGCUGUCUCUACUUCUCUCUUCCAUCCUGUGGUUUGCUGUCGUUCCACUCCGCGACAGAUUGGCCUUUGGCCUUGUCUUCUCCGUCCUGUUCCAAGAGCUUUUCAGGUUUUUAUUCUACAAGUUGCUUAGGAAAGCUGAUGAUGGGCUUAGAAUGGUCAGUCAAACAGGCCAGUCUGCAGAUGUACCCUCCAGAGACCUCAGUAACAAACACAUCAUGGCUUAUGUGUCGGGGUUAGGGUUUGGAAUCCUCAGUGGUGCAUUCUCACUCAUCAAUGUUCUGGCUGACAUGACUGGCCCAGGCACUGUAGGGAUACAUGGGGAUUCAUCAUACUUCUUCAUUACAUCAGCUCUGCUUACCCUGUGUUUUGUCCUGCUCCACACAUUUUGGGGGAUUUUGUUUUUCCACGGCCUGGACAGGAAGCGGUACCUGUGGAUUCCUGUAGUAGUAGCCUCCCACAUGCUGGUCUCCUGCUUGACUCUUCUUAACCAACACCAAGGGCCAGAUGGUCAUUCAAAUCCUCUCUACUUUGCCAGUAUAAUUCCUGCCUACGUUGUCAUGAUUUUAUUGGGAUGCUUGUCUUUCAAGGUUGUCGGUGGUUCUCUGAGGAACCUUAAAACAGCCCUCACCUGUAAAGUACAGCGUUACGAGAUAGAUUAACAAAGACCUAUAUACUGAUAGUGCUUUUUGUUGGAAACAAUUCGGAGGUUUCACCUGUGUAGGACCAAACUUUUGUAAAUAUGCAUCGGUGUAUAUUUUUCUUUCUCAUGUAAAAUAAUCAUUGCUAUCUGAUCUUGUGAGUUGUGUGUUCAGGUAUUGUACUUCAUCCCCAUGUUUUGCAGAUGUAUUCUUCUUACCUGUUAUCACUUUGAAUACAUUACCUGUGGUAGAACAGGUGUGUCUGUGACAAAGACCUGCUAGAUUGUUUAAUUCGUAAGGAAAGGUGUCAGAAGCUCACCAACAUACCAAGGUACUGACAUUCUCAGAUUUAUACUGAUUUAUUACAAACUGAAGGCUCAUACUCUCUUGUGUUUCUCUGGAUGUCUGUAUAUGUAACAAAUUACCUCAACAACAUGAAUGAACCUGAAGUUACAGUUGUACAAUGAAUUAAAUUGCAAUUAUGGAUGAUAACAAGGUUUAUUAGAAUCAGUUAAAAUAUUAAUACAUUAUAUUGUAAGAUUUUCCAGAUAAUGAACUUAAACUGCAGUUUUGUGUACUUAUACACUAUAAUUUAUCAUUUGGUCACAUGUACUGAUGCAUGCAGACAUUUUUGAAUACAUGUAAUUAUCGUCUUUAUAGUGUGUGAGAAUCUUGUCAUGUAAAUGUUGUACAGAGGUGCUGUAAA